GUUCCCACUUUUCAGUCUCAUUGCCAGCAUUCAUUAAUCCAUUCCACCGUUUUUCUGUUUUUGACUUGUGCUUUUUAUGUAUCCCAUCGUUUAGUCUUCUCUCAUCCCAAAUAUCUCUCUCAUUCACAAAUUUUCAAUAAUUCAAAGUCUAUUGUCUUUCUUCUGGAAAUGAACCCAUUGCUCAAUUGCCAACCAGACAUAUAUAUAAGCAAAUGGGAUUUAUGGAUUUAAAGAAAGAAAGAAAGAAAGAAAGAAAGAAAGAAACAGAGAAAACAAACUUUCAAACGUAGUAGGGAUUCAGACCAUCACGGUUUUUCACUGGCGUUGAUCUCGGCCUGUUUGUUACGAAUCAUUAAAUUCCUCAGUACUCCAUUCCUCCGCGAAUUCCGUUUGGUGAGAGAACAAAGAAAGAGGUAGAGACAAAGAGAGAGGAAGAAUAGAAAAACGACACUUGGCAACUCUCAUCCCAAAUUUUUUAUCUUUUUUUUACUUUACGUUUUUCCCCCUACCUCUUCUUCUUCUUCUUCUUCUUCUUCUUCUUCUUCUGAUUUCUGCAACUCUCAUUUUCGUCUAAUCUUAGCUUUAAGUUCCCCUUCCCCUUCUAUGACCCAUUGCCCGAUCUGGGUCGUUCUGGUUUGAUCCAAUUCAAUCGAAUGCCUCCGAGUUUUAUUCAUUAAUGGGGUGCUUUUCGUCGAAGCAGGCGGUCUCUAUAAAGCCUGCUCUCGAUUCCUCGGGGUCGUUGCGGGACAAUGGGUCUGUGAUUUUAUCUUCUUCUCGGCGAAACCGAGCCGGGUUAGAGUCUGAGAAGAAGAAGAUUGAUACGGGGGAUGGCGGUGACGAAUUAGGCGAGUCAAAGAGUGGAAUCUCGAAGGGUGUGGAAUCUUCCUUCAGCUUGAGGUUGGAGAGUUUGCAGAAGUAUGUGGAAGGAGAACAGGUUGCUGCUGGGUGGCCCUGUUGGCUUAGUGCCGUUGCUAAAGAAGCAAUUCAGGGAUGGGUACCUCUCAGAGCGGAUUCUUUCGAGAAGUUGGAGAAGAUUGGCCAAGGUACAUACAGCAGUGUGUUCCGAGCACGUGAACUUGACACUGGGAAAAUAGUUGCUCUGAAGAAAGUGCGAUUUGACAAUUUUGAGCCCGAGAGUGUAAGGUUUAUGGCACGAGAAAUAAUGAUUCUUCGCAGACUGGACCAUCCAAACAUAGUGAAAUUGGAAGGAUUGAUUACAUCUCGAUUAUCAUGCAGUAUAUACCUUGUAUUUGAGUAUAUGGAACAUGAUCUGGCUGGACUGUCAUCUUGUCCAGAUAUCAAGUUCAGCGAGUCUCAGGUGAAGUGCUAUAUGCGCCAGUUAUUUUCUGGACUGGAGCACUGCCACUCACGUGGUAUAAUGCAUCGAGAUGUCAAGGGAUCCAACCUUCUAGUUAAUAACGAAGGAAUUGUGAAGAUUGCAGAUUUUGGCCUUGCAAAUUUCUGUAGCUCAAGGCACAGGCAACCGCUAACCAGCCGAGUUGUGACCUUGUGGUACCGCCCUCCAGAACUCUUACUUGGAUCCACUAAUUAUGGAGCGUCAGUGGAUCUGUGGAGUGUUGGUUGUGUUUUUGCAGAACUUCUCAUUGGGAAGCCUAUCCUUCAGGGGAGGACUGAGGUUGAACAAUUGCACAAAAUAUUCAAGCUCUGUGGUUCUCCACCGGAUGAAUAUUGGAAAAAGUCUAAACUUCCCCAUGCAACCAUAUUUAAACCCCAGCAUCCUUAUGAAAGUUGUCUCCAAGCUACCCUUAAAGACUUCCCCACAACUGUUGUGAAUCUGAUAGAAAAUCUUCUUGCUGUCGAACCAUAUAAACGUGUUACUGCCUCGUCUGCUCUUGCUUCUGAGUAUUUCACAACAAAGCCUUAUGCAUGCGAUCCAUCAAGCUUGCCAAAAUACCCACCAAACAAAGAGAUUGAUGCGAAAAGUCGUGAGGAUAUGCGUAGGAAAAAGGCUGGUGGAAGAGUACGUGGGUCUGAAGGAAAAAGAAAACCAACAAGAAUAAGCAAAGCUUUGCGAGAAACAAAUUUUAAUAGAUUGGCGCCCGUGCAGGAGCUGCAGGGAAAUAAACUAGGUGCCCAUAAAAGUAAUAGAAAUAUUGCACAUGUUCCUAAGGAAGACAAAGAUGCUAAAUUGUGUGCAGAUCUCCCAAAGCCAUCAAUUCAUACUAUGCAAGAGCCUUCCCACAUAAAGAAUGCAUCUCAAGGGGAUGUUCCUUUCUCAGGCCCACUACAUGGAGAUGCUAGAUUAUGUGCAGAUCAAUCAAGAACAUCGAAUAAUAUGGCACAAGAGCCCUCCCACAUAAAGAAUGCGUCUCAAGGUGAUUUUCCUUUCUCGGGCCCAUUACAUAUGGCAUCAUUAAGUAGCUUUGUUUGGGCAAAAAGGCAGAAGGAGUAUGCAGAAUCAACAAGAUCACACAAUCGGUCUAGCUCAAGAGGUCAAAUUUCAAAUGCAUUAGAACCAUCAGAGGGACUGAAAGAUACUUCAAACUCAGGAAGGCAAGAAAAUGGGGAUGUUUUACAUGAGGAUCGCACAGAUUUUAAAGGCAAUGAUUCACAUGAGAUGUCCAGGCAUGCUUUGCAGAAACAGUGGAGCCAGUUUGACAAUCCAGAUUCUUUUGAUGCAUCUGAUGCCUAUUUCUCUCAGGAAUUAUCGGCAUCACUUUAUCUGAAGGAAGAAUUGGCAGAUAAGAAAAACAAUCGGUACAUUCAGGAUCGAGGGGACAGAGUUGAUUUGUCUGGCCCCUUGUUGUCUCAAUCAAAUGGAGUUGAAGAACUCUUAGAACGGAAUGAGCGCCAUAUCCGUCAAGCGGCCCGGAGGUCUUGGUUCCAAAGAGGGAAGAAACUAGGGAAGUAGCUGUGUGGGUUUGUCUUCAAGCAUUUCACGAGAAGACAUUGGCUGAAAUAAGGUUAAUUAUGGAGAAAAAGAAUGCUGAGGUCAUGAUGGCUCCAAUUUAACAGGUUUGUCUCCCCUCAACAGGCUUGAUACGGCAUCAUUGGUAAACUGGGCAAAGCAUACAUUGAUAAAGAGUUCCCUAGGUUAGGUAGGGGAUCCCAGGACAUGGACAAACGAUGAAUCAUAGCUGCAUAAAGUGCCAGAUGCAGUGGAGGUGGCUAGAACCAAUGUUCAAAGUUACAGCUUUAGGUAGAAGGUUGAGGUAGGGUAAAAAACAUAUCUUGGCCAAUAUUAUGUGUAUAUGCAUGAGGAAUGAUUCAAAAGCUUCUCAAUACUAUCAAUGAAAGAGGUUCCAGACCCAUUUUUUCUCA